AUGGAGGAGGACUGUCCCUUCCGCCGCCUCCAACCUCCUCACUCCCAUCAGAACAAAGUGCCGGACCCUGCAGGACCGAGCCUGUUGGACCCAGAGAGACUGAGCCUUCUGAACCCCAAGAGACCGAGCCUUCUGAACCCUGAGAGAUCGAGCCUUCGGAAUCUCGAGAGGCCGAGCCUUCGGAACCUCGAGAGACUGAGCCUUCUGAACCGCAAGAAACUGACCCUUCUGAACCCAAAGAGACCAAGCCUUCUGAACCCCGAGAGACCGAGCCUUCUGAACCCUGAGAGACUGACCCUUCUGAACCCAAAGAGACCAAGCCUUCUGAACCCCGAGAGACUGAGCCUUCUGAACCCUGAGAGACUGAGCCUUCUGAACCCUGAGGACCGAGCCUUCUGA